UCUCAAUCUUCCCCCCUGGUUUUUCCCACUUGCUUGCGUAAUGUCUGAUCCAGCCCUUUUGCUUCAGCAGUCACACAAGCCCAGACAUACUAGAGCUUUUCAUCUACUCCCUUUCCCCUCCCAAAAUUUCCUCCUCCUUUUUUUGUCCCCCCCCCACUCAUCUGUGCCGUUUCACCCCUCCAUCCUUUGCAGCAGCCCUGUAGGUUAGUAUUAGAAUGCAUUGCUGCAGCAGACAUCUAGCCGCCUUCCACUGGAUCUGCCUCCUUAUCCAAUGCUGCUGCCUCAUUUCUGCCUCGGAUUUGCAACUUACAAGUCCCAUUGGAGAGAAUGCCCCAUUUUUGGUUUACAGCCCAGACGCGGGAGGAUGCCUGGCAGUUCGAGACUCCAUAGUGCGUCUGCAACGUCCCUGUAAUUCCAGUUCUCUCGACCAGCAAUGGCAAUGGGUGUCACGGCGUCGGCUUUUUAACUUGGGAUCUCUCCAGUGCUUAUGGGUCCCUUCCCCAUCUAAUGGCACCAGCUCUACCAUCUCGACCUUUCAGUGCGACCAUGAAAAUUUCCACACAAUCCGGCGCUGCGAGUCCCAGCUGGAGCAGCUUUCCAAUGCUCUGUUGCCACGGACUACUAAUGCUACGGGCCUUCAGGAGCCACCGGCCAAGCCAGCCAGUCAGUGGCUCAUAAAUGCAACCAAUCAAAGCAUCUGCUCUGCUGUUUUUUGGGAUAUUUACACUAUACAAGGAAACUCCAAUGGCCGUCCUUGUGCGAUUCCAUUUAAAUACGACAACCAGUGGUUUUACAGCUGCACCAGCACGGGAAGGGAGGACGGACAUCUUUGGUGCGCGACCACUGUGGAUUACGGGAAAGAUGAAAAGUGGGGUUUCUGCCCAGUAAAAAGUGAUGACUGUGAGGCAUUUUGGGACAAAGAUCCCCUGACUCAGAACUGCUAUCAGUUUAAUUUCCAGUCGGCACUGUCAUGGAGCGAGGCUUGGACGAGUUGCAGGCAGCAAGAUGCUCACCUCCUUAGUAUCACUGAAAUCCAUGAGCAGACGUAUAUUAACGGGUUGCUGACUGGAUACACAUCUACCCUGUGGAUGGGACUCAAUGAUCUGGACACUAAUGGGGGCUGGCAGUGGUCAGAUAGUUCCCCACUAAAGUAUCUGAACUGGGAGAGUGAUCAGCCAAGUGAUUCCAUGGAGGAGAACUGCGCUGUUAUCCGGACAGAAACCUUGGGCGCAUGGCAGAACCGUGUCUGUGGGAACGCUCUUCCCUAUGCCUGUAAGAAGGUCCCGGCAUCCAGCAGGAGUUCCCUGCCUAGAGAGCCUCAGGAGCCAGAUGUAGCUGUCGACUGUGAUCCCGGAUGGCAGAGUUUUGGGACUAACUGCUACCGUGUGAACAGUGAGAAGAAGACAUGGCAGGAGGCCAGGAAGGCAUGCGUGAGGGUAGAGGCCAAUCUGGUCAGCAUUCACUCUAUGCUGGAACUGGAAUUUGUCUCCAAGCAAAUUAAGCAAGACAUGGAGGAACUGUGGAUUGGUCUCAAUGAUCUGAAACAUCAAAUGAACUUUGAGUGGUCAGAUGGGAGUUCUGUCACCUUCACUUCCUGGCACCCCUUUGAGCCCAACAAUUUCCGUGACAGCUCGGAGGACUGUGUGACAAUCUGGGGAGCAGAGGGUAGAUGGAAUGAUAGCCCAUGCAACCAGACCCUGCCAUCUAUUUGUAAGAAACCAGGAAACCCCAAUCAAGGAAGAAAGGUGGAUAAUCAUGGCUGCCAAAAGGGCUGGAGUUGGCACAGUCCCUCGUGCUACUGGCUGGGUGACGAGUCAACGACUUACAGUGAGGCCACAAAAGCCUGCUCUGAGCGAAAGGCCCGGCUAGUGACUGUCCAGAACAGGUUUGAUCAGGCUUAUGUUAACAGCCUUUUGUAUGGAUCUGACGGAAGCUUCUACUGGACUGCCCUGCAGGAUAUAAAUGAGACGGGCACUUUCCGUUGGCUUGGUGGUGAAGAAGUCAUCUACACGCACUGGAACCGGGAUCAGCCCGGUAUGUGUUUGGGUUAUGAUAAAAGGGGAUGCGUUACUCUGGCCACAGGCAGAUUCUUAGGCCUGUGGGAGGUAAAAGACUGCACUGAAUUCAGGGCCAAGUACAUCUGCAUGCAGACUCUUGUCCCUCUUACACCUCUCAUUCCUGCACGUCCGAUUCCCAGCCUUAAUGGAAGCUGCCCUGAUGGCUGGAAUUCCGCACCCAACUUGAGAUAUUGCUACAAGGUUUAUCACUCAGAGACGCUACAGGAUAAGAAAACAUGGAUUUCUGCACAACUCUCCUGCAGAGAACUUGGUGCGCAGCUGCUGAGUGUCUCCAGCGUGGAAGAAGAACAUUUUGUGGGCCAUUUACUAAACAAAAUAUUUGGGGAAUCGGAUUCAGAUUUUCAUGAACAACACUGGUUUUGGAUUGGUCUUAACAGAAGGAACCCAAGUGGUGAACAAGGCUGGGUCUGGAGUGAUGGUCAAGGGUAUUCCUACCACAAUUUUGACCGCAGUAACCACGAUGACGAUGAUAUCCGGAGAUGCGUGGUGCUAGACCUGUCAUCCCUGCAGUGGGUGGCUCUUGAGUGUGAGUCCCAAAUGGACUGGAUAUGUAAGCUUCCCAAAGGAACAGAAAUUAAAGAGCCUGAAGUAUCAAAAGGCAGCACUGAGUGGAUAGCUAAUGAGUAUGCAGAGUACAAGUUUUUUGAACACCACUCCACAUGGACACAAGCUCAGCGCAUCUGCUCCUGGUUUUCUGCUGAGCUGGUGUCUAUCCACAACCAGGCCGAGCUAGACUUUUUGGGCCAGAGCCUGCAAAAGUUCUCCCGGGGACAAGAGCAGCACUGGUGGAUUGGGCUACAUACCUACGAAAAUGAUGGGCGAUUCAGGUGGUCUGAUAGAUCUGUGCUCAGUUUUGUAAACUGGGCCCCUGGCCGGCCUCGUCCCAUCAGCAGGGAGAAGAAAUGUGUGUACAUGACAGCCAGCCGAGGGGACUGGGGGGACCAGAAAUGUGACACUGCCCUCCCCUAUAUCUGCAAAAAGAUCAAUAACACUCUACCAGUCCCUACAACACCACCUAUCCCAACUAAUACCGGUGGUGGCUGUCCACGAAGUUGGCUGCCCUUCCUCAACAAGUGCUUUGGAGUGAGAGCGGACAGUAAGGCCGAGACAAAGACUUGGCAGCAAGCAAGAGAUUCCUGCAAAGUUUUAGGAGGAGAGCUUGCUACAAUCAACAACUACUUGGAGCAAGCAUUUAUCACAUCGAUACUCCCAAAUAUUACUUUCGACCUAUGGAUUGGACUCCAUAAUGCCCGAAAACAAUUCCAGUGGGUAGAAGGUCAAGUCCUGAAUUAUGUCAAUUGGGCACCACGAGAACCAUCUGGAUAUGGAACAUCUGUUAGCAGCGAGAAGCCGAUAAAUUGCGCUGUGAUCUGGCACGGGUCCCCUCCUCCAUUUACCGGGCGUUGGGAUGACAGGAAUUGCUUGGAAGAGAAGCACGGAUAUAUCUGUCAGAUCAGUAAAGUGGCCUCCCUCAACCCUCCUGCUGAGCUAUUUCCCCCAGCUCCAGGUUCCAUCCUCAGAUACAGGAACAACUCCUACCUGAUCCUGCAAAAGCCAAUGACAUGGUCAGAUGCCCGUCUGUUGUGUGAGACCCGUAAUGCGACUUUGGGCAGCAUCCCGGACCCUUACCAACAAGCAUAUCUGACCCUGUCAGUCACAGGAACGAAGACUCCUGUCUGGAUUGGCCUGUCUAAUGAGGAGGGCGCUCGAUCCUUCUCUUGGCUCACUAAUGAUUCUGUCUCUUACACCAACUGGAGAGAUGGGGAACCCCAGCUAUUGAGUGGCUGCGUAUACAUGGAUUCCCAGGGAACCUGGAGCACUGCUAGCUGUGGCAGCAAAUUGCAGGGGGCUGUCUGCAAAUUCAAUACAGAGUCACGAAAGAUGCACAAGUGGAGUGAGGCCGGAAGCUGCCCAAGAUCUCUAAGUGACUCCUCUUGGAUUCCGUUCCGUGAUCAUUGCUACUCAUUUCACAUGGAGAUCCGAGUCAGCCAGAGGGAAGCAGCCAAGAAGUGUCACAAUGCUGGAGGAGAGGUCCUGUCUAUUGUGGAUGAGACAGAGAAUGUUUUCGUUUGGGAACACCUGCAGUCGUAUGAGAGCCAAUCCAGAGGAGCCUGGCUGGGCAUGUCCUUUAAUUCUAAAGGGGGUGGUCUUGUGUGGAAUGAUAAUUCUCCAGUCAAUUACUCCAACUGGGGGCAACAGGAUGGAGGUCCCAGCCUGCUGAGUCCUAACUCCUGCUAUUGGGUGCAGGGCAGCAAUGGUGUCUGGAACUUGGGAUCUUGCAAUAACAACUCAAUGGGUGUUAUUUGCAAACUGUCCAGAGCUGAAGGGACAGCGUAUUCCAAAUCUGCAUUCCCUGAGCACACCACUGCGGUGGCAGUAGUGAUUCUAUCUACAACAGCCCUUUGUGUCCUGUUAGUAGCCAUCAUAUAUCUGUACCGGCGUAGGAAACUUGCCACUGAGUGGGGGGCUUUUGAGAGCGCCAGAUACAGCCGCACCAACAACGGCCCAGGGGGCUCCGCGGAGAAGAACAUUCUGGUGUCGGACAUGGAGAUGAAUGAACAGCAGGACUAGGAGGGAGUGGUAAUGACCAUGGUGAAAAGAAAAUGGAAGCAGAGGGGAGAGAGGGACCCAACAUUGACUUUUAUUGCUUCCAGCACAGACCACCCAAGUGGUCAACGUUCUCAGAGGGUGCAGGGUGCCCCCUUCCUGAAUAUGAAUUUGUCCCUAUUCAGUGUUAGAAGGGAGCUGCCAAGCAAUGCUGUGCAAUGCCUUGCCAGCCUCUCAAAUGUUUUUUUUUUUGUAUUUUUAAACAAAAGCUGCAUCUCUGGACUGCCCACUAUUUCCCCAUACUUUGCCUUUCCCCCCAUAUCCGGGGUCAGAGGGCAUGAAUCUGGGCUUGCUGGAUCAGACUAGGGGAGAAUGGUUAUAUUCAAGUUCAUAAAAGUACCAGGAAAGUCCAAGGUUUGGUAACCUGGAAGAAUUGAAUCCCUUCCACUUCUCUGCGCACAAGAGACAGGAGUCGGGGAAAGCAGGGGAUGUCUAACAAAAUAACCUGAUGUUUGGAUAAUAUGUUUUCUAUUCAGUCUCUCCUAUUUCUCUUUCCUCUGCUUCCUCCUGUGUCAGAUCUGUCGGACAUACACCCAAACGAUUCUCCCUCCCCUGUCCUCUCUUACUGUGACAUUCUUAUUAAAUCGUCCCUGCAUGUUUCAGAGCCCCCACCCUUACAACCCCUUCAAGCAAUGGACCAAAAUCCAGUGGUUUUCCCCUGAUGGUUAUUUUAGAGACCUCAGUCUAUGCACUUUAGCUGCCACUAAAUAUAUUUUUGCCAUUUAAAAAACACAUGCAACUUUGAGAGGACAAGAGGAAAACCUUUGGGCUGGAUUUACUAAACCCUGAUAACACUGUUCUAUGAUAAUGACGUGUUCUGUCUCCCGUCCUUCUAUAGAGAAUAGGUUGGGAAUCAAAAGGGGAAUAUAAAAAUGAAGGGGGAGAGGAAAUACAAGAGAAAGGGAUGGAAAAGAAGGUUGGGAUGUAGAGAAAAAGCUGAAAUUUGGAAGCAGGGUCAAAUUUCUAUUUCCGGGACCCCUAGGCUGGUCUCUGUCUUUCCGCCACAAGUCGGGCCUGUAUGAAAGGGUCAAUUAGUGGAUAAGACAGUUACACCAAACAGUGGAGGAAGGGGGGUAAGAGACUGAAUUGGAGAGACAAACAGAAGAUGAAUGAAGAGCAAAAGAGAGAGACUCCCGCUCCACCUUGGCUUCACAAUUGAUGUUGCCCACCUUAAAAAUCCUAUCACAUUUCCCGAAGUUCAGUUUGUUUGUAGGAGGGAUCAAGAGGGCUAUGGACUGGAUCAGCUUGUGCUGCUUCACCAUCACGUGGGAGUUAGACCCAUCUCUGUAACAAGGCCCUGCUUGGGUUUUAUUAUGGUCUAUACCAAGGCCUAAGUUCAUCUGUUACACCAUUAGUAAUGAAAAGUGGGCGUUCUGAUGGAUCUCACCAUGAAGGGGUUCACUAAUGCAAAAUAGGGAAAGAGAUAUGAAUUGAGAAUGAAUAUGGCUCCCAAGUGCCCAGCUUCCAGAAUGCAAGAUGGCCGCCCAGCCAAUAUUUUGGGAAGGAAAGGAAUACACAGUAUUGAGUCUGUUGAUAUAAGUAUAGAGCAUUGGCUGUGAGUGUGAGGUUCAUCCCCAGUGCAGACAAAGCAAUAAUUCCCAACAGAUGGAGCACUGAAGAUUGGCUCUUCCUGAUUUUCUGAUGGAGACCCUAUCCUUCUUGCUGCUCAGUGUUACAGGUCUUUAGUAAAUCCAGCCUUACAUCUGCCAAUCAGGAAUCAGCAGUGCCAUAGCUGAUUUUAGGGUAAAAUGGCUUGAAUUUCAGAUACAUCUCCCAGGAUUCAUCAGCCCAUCUCAAACAUAACUUCUUGGCCCGCUGGAUUCUCCCGCUAUCAAAUACCCGCCAUCAAAACCGUCUUCAGGACCCACGGAAUCAGACGUUGCACCCCAACUUGGGUAUAAGCACUAUCUGUAUAUUUAUACCCUUAUGUCUUGGUAUGACGUAUAGGUAUAUUUCAAUUGCAAUAAACGUGAAAGCAAUCA